AGGGCAACUUUCUGCUUUUUUAAAACCCUCCCUCCCUUCACCACUCCCUCUCUCUCGCUCUCUCACUCACUCACUCCCUCUCUCUCUCUCUCUCUCUCUCUCUAACACACACACACACACACACUCACACACUCAGACUCCAGCUAGCCACUGCCUCCAGCAGUCAUCGGUGGACUCUGACACACUCUUCUCCUCACACACACACACUUGCAAACACACACACACACACACACACACACACACACACAGAGUCACUCAGUCUCUUGAGAGCUGUACACGGGACUUCGUGGCUUUUUCAGGCUUAAAAUGAAAAAGAAAAAAAGUCAUUGAAACGCCGUUGAUUUUUUUUUUUUUUUCCCCCGUUGUCGAGUUUUGAAAUCCGAGAUUCUGCAACGCCGCAUCGUUUGCUUGUGGGACAAAAAAAAGGAAAAAAAAAAAAAUAAGAAAGAAAAUCCGACGAGUGGAAAAAGAAAGAGAAACAAAAAGAGGGAUAACAGUGCAAGGAUUCUUCCCGAACUGCAGUCUAUGGAAAUGCAGGAUCUAGCCAGUCCGCACAGCCGAGUCAGUGGUAGCAGCGAAUCUCCGAACGGCCCAAACCUCGAUAACUCGCACAUUAACAACAAUUCCAUGACACCAAAUGGCACUGAAGGUGAUAACAUCACUAUGCUUACGACAGCCGACUGGUUAUUAAGUUCUAAUUCGCAAUCCACUGCAGUUAAAACAGAGCCAAUGAGCAGCAGUGACAUCACCACGUCUGUAGCAGACGGCUCGCUAGACAACUUCUCAGGAUCAGCUAUUGGAAGCAGUGGCUUCAGCCCAAGACAAACUCACCAGUUCUCUCCACAGAUCUAUCCUUCCAACAGACCUUAUCCGCAUAUUCUUCCCACUCCUUCUUCACAAAACAUGGCAGCGUAUGGACAGACGCAGUACAGCACAGGAAUGCAGCAGGCCUACGCCACUUACCCUCAACCAGGCCAGCCUUACGGCAUCCCGGCCUAUGGUCCAUUGUGGGCAGGAAUCAAGACAGAAAGUCAAGCUCAGUCUCCAGGACAGAGCAGCUUCCUUAGUUACAGCUCCAGCUUCUCAACACCGCAGACGGGACAAGCGCCCUACAGCUACCAAAUGCAAGGAGGCAGUUUUACGACGACAUCAGGACUGUACGCAGGAAGCAAUUCCCUCACGAACUCGACUGGAUUUAACAACACACAACAGGAUUACCCGUCCUACCCCACGUUUGGCCAGGGUCAGUAUGCGCAGUAUUACAACAGCAGCCCAUACACGUCGCCCUACAUGACCAGCAACAACACGAGUCCCACUACGCCGUCCACCACGGCCACGUACACGCUGCAGGAGCCGCCGUCCGCCAUCACCAGCCAGGCUCUGACUGACCAAUCAGCAGGAGAGUACAGUACAAUCCACAGUCCAUCAACCCCCAUUAAAGAUUCAGAUUCGGAUCGAUUGCGUCGAGCCUCGGAUGGAAAGUCACGUGGAAGAGGAAGAAGGAACAAUAAUCCGUCUCCACCGCCGGACUCUGACCUUGAGCGUGUGUUCAUUUGGGAUUUGGACGAAACGAUCAUCGUUUUCCAUUCCUUGCUCACUGGGUCUUACGCCAACAGAUACGGACGGGAUCCACCGACGUCUGUGUCAUUGGGACUCCGAAUGGAAGAGAUGAUCUUCAAUUUAGCAGACACACAUUUAUUCUUCAAUGACUUAGAAGAGUGUGAUCAAGUCCACAUUGACGACGUUUCCUCUGAUGACAACGGUCAAGAUCUGAGCACGUAUAACUUCAGUACGGACGGCUUCCACGCCGCCGCCACCAGCGCCAACCUGUGUUUGGCGACCGGCGUGAGAGGAGGAGUGGACUGGAUGAGAAAGCUGGCCUUCCGCUACAGACGAGUAAAAGAAAUUUACACCACCUACAAAAACAACGUCGGAGGAUUGCUGGGUCCGGCCAAAAGAGAGGCCUGGCUGCAACUGCGAGCAGAAAUUGAAGCUUUGACAGAUUCCUGGUUAACACUGGCACUGAAAGCACUAACAUUAAUCCACUCAAGGUCAAAUUGCGUGAACAUCUUAGUGACCACGACGCAGCUCAUACCUGCCCUCGCAAAAGUGCUGCUCUACGGACUGGGAAUAGUUUUUCCAAUCGAGAAUAUUUAUAGCGCCACGAAAAUAGGCAAAGAGAGCUGCUUUGAGCGAGUAAUUCAGAGAUUCGGGAGGAAAGUUGUUUACGUGGUGGUGGGAGAUGGAGUAGAAGAGGAGCAGAGCUCCAAAAAGCACAACAUGCCCUUCUGGAGGAUCUCCAGUCAUUCGGACCUCAUGGCUCUUCAUCACGCGUUGGACUUGGAGUAUUUGUAGCACUGUGAGAUCCUCAUCUGUCCAUUUCUACUCAGCACGGACCGACAGCAGAACGUUAACACACUUAACGGGGGGAAAAAUAAACGUUAACACACACGUGCAAAUCGGCCCGAGAUUCGUCUUAACCCUAAACCUCGGCCCUCGGUGGAGCGGUCGAACGGAGGAUUGUGAUUUUUACGACGCUGCAGCUGCAGGUUACUGUGAAUUGACUCGGCUUCUUUUCGAAAAAGCCGUCAGAAUGUUUUACGGAAUUUCUGGGGAAAAAAAACUGCAAGGGUUCACACCUGUGAAGAAACCAGAGCAACCGACGUCGCUUUUGGCUCUUCGCGAGACUCCCACUGAGAUUCAGCGCGAUUUCCCCCUCUUCUCAUUUCUCGGGUUCGCUCGAAACCACUGCGCCGGAUGUCCUACUCUUCUAAUUUAUAAUCAGAGACUUUGUUGAGCGCGCCGCCGCCCUGCGAGAGACUUGUCGCCGUUUUUGUUUUGUUUUGUGUGUUUCUCGCCAUGCAAAGUACUUUGAUUCCAAGAAGACGUUUAUGGAGAAGAAGAAAAACGGAUUUUCUAAUAAUUUAAGGAAAAAGAAAAAAAAAAACUUUAUCUGGAUUUUGCUCAGACAAUCAAACGUGUACAGAAUACGGCGGUUUUUGUGUGUGUGUAUAUUUUUAAUCACUGGACUAUUCCUUCCUGUUUCGCAUUAGCUACAGUUCAUGCUAUUCAGUGCUUUUUUUUUUUUCUUUUUUCGUGGAAGUACA